GCUUGGAUUUUAAACAUUCCAUCCGGAAGUCAGGAAGUCGGAGUGGACGUCUAAAAAUAAAUAAAUUAAUAAAUAGAAGGGAAACAUGGAGUGAAAAACUUUUGGAGCCGAAUACAGAAGCUCGUGUUUGGGACCAUUUUGACGAAGAACCGAGGACUUUGGUUCGGAACGAGAUGUGUUUUAUGCAGUUGUUUUUUUAAUCGCUGUCCGCUGAGAGGAUGGCAGGUUUUUUGACGUACGUGGAGGAUUUGAAGCGGGGGCUGAAGGUGGACGUCCUGCGGGAAGCCGGCCGCCAGUACCCGGCCUCCUGCUUCCUGCUGCUGUCCAUGGUGUCGCUGACGGUGCUCCUCAACAGGUAUAUCCACAUCCUGAUGAUCUUCUGGUCUCUCCUGGCCGGAGUCGUCACCUUCUACUGCUCCCUCGGACCAGAGUCUCUUCUCCCGAACAUCCUCUUCACGGCGAAGCCGAGGACCAAACGUCAGGACCAGGAGCUGUUUCCUCUGGGCCACAGCUGUGCUGUGUGCGGGAAGGUCAAGUGUAAACGCCACCGGCCGACUCUGCUCCUAGAGAACUAUCAGCCCUGGUUGGACCUGAAGGUUCAUUCCAAAGUGGACGCGUCAGUAGCAGAGGUGUUUGAGUUGGUUCUGGAGAACUUUGUGUACCCCUGGUACCGUGACAUCACAGACGAUGAGGCGUGUGUGGACGAGGUCAGGAUGACGUUUCGCUUCUUCGCCUCGGUGCUGGUGCGCCGCGCUCAGAAGGUGGACGUUCCGUCCGUGUUCGCAGACAAAGUGAUGAAAGCUGCAAUGAAGCACAUAGAAAUCAUGGCCAAGGCUCGAGAACGAGUGAACGGAGUGGAGGGUUUGCAGCAGGCCGCUCUGGAGGAGUACGGCUCCGACCUCCACGUGGCUCUGAGGAGCAGGAGGGAGGAGCUGCAGUACCUGAGGACCCUGACGGAGGCGCUGUUUCCCUACGUGAUGCCUCCCAAGGCCACGGACUGCAGGUCUCUGGCUCUGCUCCUGAGGGAGGUGAUGUCUGGAUCGGUUCUCCUUCCCACCAUGGACUUCAUGGCUGAUCCUGACACGGUCAACCUCAUGGUCCUCAUAUUUGUCGACGACUCUCCACCUGAAGCCUCCUCAGAGCCUCCUUCUGCUCUCGUUCCGUUUUUACAGAAAUUUGCCGACGUCAGGAACAAGAAGCCGUCGGUGCUGAAGCUGGAGCUGAAGGAGAUCCGGGAUCAGCAGGACCUCCUCUUUCGUUUCAUGAACCUCCUGAAGCAGGAAGGAGCCGUGCAUGUGCUGCAGUUCCUCCUCGCCGUCGAGGAAUUUAACGAUAAGAUCCUGAGUCCGGAUCUGAGCGACGCCGAGCUGCAGCGUCUUCACGGGGAGGUGGUGCACAUCUACGAGACGUACUGUCUGGACGAGAGCAUCGACAAGAUCAGCUUCGACCCGUUCAUCGUGGAGGAGAUCAGGAACGUUGCUAAAGGUCCGUACGGUGAGGUGGUGAAGCUGCAGACGAUGCGCUGCCUGUUCGAGGCCUACGAACACGUCCUGUCUCUACUGGAGAAGGUUUUCACGCCCAUGUUCUGUCACAGCGACGAGUACUUCAGACACUUGCUGAUGGGAGCAGAGUCUCCAACCAGGAACUCGAGAGUCAACAGAAAUAGCUUCAGUUCAGAUGAAAGCCGGAACACGUCCAAACGAGGGGAGACGUUCGGCAUCAGCAGGAUCGGCAGCAAAAUCAAAGGCGUGUUCAAGAGCACCACCAUGGAGGGAUCUCUGCUGCCCCCGCCCAGCACCAUCAGCGACAUCGACGACGACCUGGUGGAGGAGGCGACGGUGGUGAUGGAGGACGACUCGCCCGCCGAGCCCGUCAGCUACCAGGGCAUCCAGAGGAACCUGUCGGCCUGGAGCAUCUCCAUCCCCUUCAUCGACAUCUACGACGACGAGGCCAAGAGGGAGAGGAUCCCCGUCUUCUGCAUCGACGUCGAACGCAACGACAGGAAACAGGCUGUCGGUCAUGAAACUGAGAAGUGGUCGGUCUACAGACGAUACCUGGAGUUCUACGUCCUGGAAUCAAAGCUCACCGAGUUCCACGGUACGUUUGCAGAUGCACAGCUUCCAUCCAAACGAAUCCUCGGACCAAAGAAUUACGAGUUCCUGGAAUCAAAAAGGGAAGAGUUUGAGGAGUAUUUACAGAGACUCCUGCAGCAUCCAGAGCUCAGCAACAGUCAACUUCUGGCCGACUUCCUGUCUCCUCACAGCAUCGAGUCUCAGUUCCUGGACAAGAUGCUUCCCGACGUCAACCUGGGGAAGAUUUUCAAGUCAGUUCCAGGGAAACUGAUGAAGGAGCGAGGCCAGAACCUGGAGCCCUUCAUCCAGUCCUUCUUCAACUCCUGUGAGUCCCCCAAACCCAAACCAGGCCGCCCAGAACUCACCAUCCUCAGCCCCACCACCGAGAACGACAAGAAGCUCUUCAGCAGCCUGUUCAGGAACAACGCCGACCAGUGGAAGGGCAGGAAACCUCACCACAGGUUCCUGGACAUGGUCUCUGUGGACGGCAUGUAUGACUACAUGAUGUAUGUGGGUCGGGUGGUGUUCCACAUACCGGACUGGCUGCACCACCUUCUGGCCGCGGGUCGGAUCCUGUUCAAGAACACGUUUGAGGCCUACAUGGACCAGUACAUGCAGACCAAGCUGGACCGGGUCCUGCAGGAGCACCGCCUGGUCUCCCUCAUCACCCAGCUCAGAGAUGCAGUUUUCUGUGAGAACAGUGAGGAGAGAACUGAGGAGGACAAACACAUCAGAGCCAAGCAGACGUUUGAGGAGAUGAUCAAAUAUCUGCCAGACCUGGUGGUGAAGCUCAUCGGAGAAGAAGCCAAACACGAAGGCAUCCAGAUGCUGUUUGAUGGUUUACAGCAGCCUCUCCUCAACAAGCAGAUGACCUACGUCCUGCUGGACAUCGCCGUCCUCGAGUUGUUUCCUGAACUGGGCAAGCCCGGACCCAGGGACCUGGUCGUGGUCUGAGGCGGCGCCGCGUUGAUCCUCGUCUACAUUCCAUGUAAAUUAAAGCUCCAAUAAAGACUUUAUUUAUUAUUUA